AGUGUCCUAUCGUUAAACUGAACGGAACGUGCAAAAUCUCAACGUUUUCAGUUUUGUCGUUAAAAAUCAAAAAUUGUAUUUGAAAUAUUUAUUAAAAAUAGUAACUCCGUCGCCGGCGUCGGGUAGUGACACUAUUAUUAUCACUAGUUAAAGUUAUGACACAUUCUUUCAUAUAAUAUUCUGUUGUUCGUGUCUCCGUUUUGAGAAGCUAUCAUAUUUAUUUUGUGUUUAAGUGUAGUCAGUAGUGUAGUUCGUGUUGGUGGAUUAUCACUAAAUACUGUGCGUAAAAACUUUAGCGACGUUGUGACUUUGUGAACUUGUACUAUUAAGUCUGAUACUUAAUCAUUUUCACUAAACGGUAAUACAAUCGAACGGCUUAGCUUAUAAUUUAUUUCUUAAGAAGCCACUACGUUACACGCGUAAUCCGACAUUAGUUUAUAGUUCUGAAAACGGAUAUAGAUUUUUCAAUACUUGCCUGAUGGUUCGACCAAAAUCCUGGAAAACGAAAAUCGCACCAGUGAAAACUGUCGGCGGACGAUGCCACUCAAAGCCGGUGUGAAUGUUUUACGAGCCAAAUUGUGUGUGUGUUAACCAUAGAUUACUAUACUAUUACACUGCUAUUCCAUUGAAUUGCCAUUGCAGCGCCGGCGUGUGUUUGUCUAUAUAGUACAUAUGUGAGUGUGUGGUGUCGAGGAGGAAGGCCGGCCGCAGGUGGUGACCUCGGCAUUGAAGUCUUUUCGCCGGAGACGCCGCCGUUCAAAUCGCAUGCACAACUUCCUGACCGAUGGAAAACUAGCUUGGCCACCGGUCUCGCAUACGCUCGUGCAGCAGUUAUACGGCGAAUUGCAUUGUUUUUUCUCGUAGUCCUCUACAUUGGGACGCGCUUUUUUUUUUUUUUUAUAAUAAACGGCGCACGUUCUCUUCACGUCGAAUGAAAAAAAAAUUUAUUACAAAAUUACGCGGUCUAAAAAAACCGUCGUUGGCCGUCGUCGUCUUGUGUAGUUUAAUCGGCGGUCAGCAUUCGAUCGCGUGACACGCUCAUCCGCUGUGCUAGCUGUACUACCGGUCGACAUGGACGAAAUUUGCCGGAAAGAUUUGUCGGCGAUCAAGAGGUCUCUGGAACUCGCCGAAACACUGGCCAGCGUCAGUCUGAUGACUUCGCCGGCUGCCAAGAGGCGUUUACAAGCCAGGAGCGUCGAGCUUGGACUCAGACCCGGCCAACCCUACGAACCGCCCAGGGAACUUCUUCUGUACUUGGUUCGGAUGGGGAGUUUCACUUCUUCCAUCAAAAUAGAAAAUGAAGAUACCCAAGACAAAAAUUUGGAUUUCGAACCUAAAAUUUCAUAUGAAAAACUGUUGGAUCAUUGUUAUAAGCAUAGUGAUCAAUGUCUGUCAAAGCUUAUUCAAAGAACGUUUACAGAAGUCCCUUACGAUUCAGAAAACGUUGAGAGUCACGGUAUAAGAGUACUUCAGUGGAAUGCACUGUCCCAAGCAUUAGGCCAAAACAACGACAAAUUCGAUCUCUGUCCACCGGAAGCGUUGGAAUGGAAACGCCGACGUUGUCAUCUGCUAGAGGAGAUUCUGCGACACAGUCCCGAUGUCAUUUGCUUACAGGAAGUUGAUCAUUUUGAUUUCCUUAGCAGAGCCUUAGCUACUCAGUCGUAUAGUGGCGUGUUUGUACCAAAACCGGACUCGCCUUGCAUGUAUAUAAAUGACAACAACGGACCGGACGGAUGUGCAAUAUUCUACAGAAAUGAUAAGUUUGAGCUCUUGGAAAAACACGAAAAGGUCUUGCAAGUAUGGAAGGUGCAUAGUAAUCAGGUGUUGUUGUUAGUGGUGCUAAAAGAAAAGUGUUCGGGAAAUGAGAUUUGUGUGUCGACCACUCAUCUGAAGGCUCGUAAAGGGGCUUUGUUGGCGUCUAUACGAAAUGAACAAGGCAAAGAUAUUUUACAAUUUGUCCACGGCUAUGCUGGCGACCGUCCAACCAUUGUUUGUGGCGACUUCAACGCCGAACCCACAGAACCAGUAUACAAGACAAUGUGUGGCUGCUGUGAUUUCCCGUUAGACAGUGCGUACAAGAUAAACGGCUUGGAACCACCUUACACGUCGUGGAAAAUCAGGGAAAGUGAAGGAGAGGUUAUGCAUACUAUCGACUACAUGUUUUAUACUAAAGGGAAAUUAACUGUCAGCAACAUCCUGAACAUGCCGAGCGGGUCAGACAUCGGCCUGAAUAGAGUUCCCUCUUUUUCCUAUCCUUCCGAUCACUUUUCUCUGGUCGCCGAUUUUCGCUUUAACAAAAAAUAACAACUACGAGUAAAUAAUCAUGUUUUUAAUAUAGUAUGAUAUAUUUUAUUUAAUUAUUUAUUUAUUUAUAUAUAUGUAUAGACACAAUUUUUGUUGAAAUAGAAAAAAUAGUUAUUAUUAAUAGUUUUCUAUUUACAAAUCGUUUCCGGAUAUUAUUUAUUUAUUAUAUAUUUAUUAUUUUUUGAAAUUUCGGCACAUAACUUGGUGAUAAUAAUGACCACUUUACAUUAGAUAGAUCUUUAUGUGAUUAUCCUUAAGUAUUUUGAGCACCAUUUCCGUGGUGUUAUGAUGUAUGUUAUUCUUAAUUUAUUAUUUUACAACAAAUAUAUAUAUUUAUAUAAAUUCAAUACAUUACAUUCACAACGUGGAUAAUUUUAAACUCUGAUCAACAUUUACCAUAUUUUGCAAUGUUUUAACUAUACGUCUGUUGUAUGAAUUAUUUAUUUUUACGUGAACAAUGUUAAUGUUGGUGAUCAUAACAAAUUACUCUUAGAACCAAUCGACCGUAUCGUUAAUUACUGUAUAAAGGUCAUUAUUUAUUUUUAUUUAUUAUGUUUAUUUUUAUGACGUAUUGUGUAAUAAAAAUAGUAUACAAUUUGUUGAAA